AUGGCGCUCUUCUCAGUGUGCCGCUCGGUCGUCGCCUUCGUUCUUCUUCUUUCUUUCGCCUUCGCCGGAGUCGUUGAUGCACAAGCCCCGACGCCGCUCGCCUCGGCCCACCCCUUCGCCUGCUGGGGCGCCGCCCCCACCCCCGCCCCCUCCGACUCCUUCGCCCAGCUGGCCCUGGGCAACUUCCACGUGUGCGGCCUCACCGCCGCCAACUCGGCCCAGUGCUGGGGCCAAAACAGCGAAGGCCAGCAGAACGCGAGCACGUCAGGCCUCGAGUUCGCCUGGCUCUCGGCCGGGUUCACCGUCUCGUGCGGCCUCUUGUCGGCCGACGGCACCGCGCGUUGCUAUGGAACCAACGCCGACAACCGCACGGCCGUGCCCACCGACAUGCCCUUCGCCGCGCUGGCCAUGCGCACCGACUUUGGGUGCGCGCUCUCCAGCGACGGCGUCAUCACCUGCUGGGGCAGGAACGACCACCUCCAGACCUCGAGCAGGGCCAGCGGAGACGGGUUCACGCAGGUGGUGACCGGCUAUGCGCACGCGUGCGCCCUGACAGCCUCGGGCCAGGCCCAGUGCUGGGGCCGGGCGACCGGAGGCGGAACAUCGCCGCCCGCCGAGACCUUCAGGGCUCUGUGCGCCGGCGCGGACAUGGCCUGCGGCCUGACCUUGUCGACCGGUUUCCCGCGGUGCUGGGGCACCGCCGCCUACAUUGCGGGCACGCCGAACACGACCCGCUUCGACGCCAUCGCGUGCGGCUCGACACACGUGUGCGGCCUCAUGGCCGACGGCACGGUGCAGUGCUGGGGUAGCGGCACGCCGGACGCCAAGACCCCGCCGGCGGGCCUCCAAUUCGUGCAGAUCUACGGCGGCAACGACUACACGUGCGGCCUCUACGUGCCAUCGCCAUCGCCAUCGCCAUCGCCAUCGCCAUCGCCAUCGCCAUCCACGACACCGACACCCUCCAAAUCGGCUUCGCCCACCUCUCCCAGAUCGGCCUCGCCUACCAGGUUGGUGUCGGCGUCGCCGACGGUGAUGCCGGCGGUGUCGCCGCUGGCGGCCAACGCGAGCGCGAGCUUCGGCGAUUCGGAGCCCACGGUCGACCUCUCCGCGCCCGCCACGUCAGCCUCCAAUGCGUCGUCGGUAGCCGUUAGGUCGAGCCUGCAGCUGGUCCAGCUGGGCAACACCACAGUCCCAGGAAUCACGUGGGCGGCCAGCAACGGUUCUGGCAGUGGGGCGGGGAGGAGGUACGAAGCGCAGCUGGACGCCGACACCAACGCCACGCAGGAGUUCGCCUUCAGCGCCAACGCCUCGUCGGCCAGCUUCUCCGGCCUGGAGUUCGUCAUCGCCGCCGGCUCGAUCAAGUGGUCCCUCAACUUCACCUCCGACGCCGCAGCGACGCAGGGCAUCACGCUGCGGUACCGACUCUCCGAUCUCUCCAACGCCAGCGCCACGGGCUCGCCGGGCCAGCUGGCCGUGGUGCGGCGCGCGGACAACACGCCGCGGGCCAACAUGACCUCGUACUACCUCGCCGUGCCGUCAGCCGCCACGUCAUCAUCGUCCACUUCACGUGUGGUGGUGAUGGUGGUGGAGGUGUUCGACGUGGCGCUCGUGGACGACGCGGCCUUCGUGCCCAUUGUGCACGCCGUCGACGUGGCGAGCGACAGCGACGGCGACCACUACGAGCUAGUGCUGGCCCUCCCGGCCUUCAACCGAUCGCUGUUCUACGACCCGAGCAUCGGGCUGGGCGUGCUGCUGGGCUCUUCGGGCGGACGCGAUGGCGGCGGCGGCAGCGGCGGUGACGACGUGGGCCUCAUCGUGGGCGUGGUGGUGGCCGUCGGCGUGGCGGCGGACGCCUCUUCGACAAGCAACUCAGCAAUCCAAAGGAGCAAGAGUCAAGUAAGCUUCAACACCCACAACCUCAACCAGCUCAAGAAGGGCAUCAAGAGGUGGAAGCGUCUCAUGGUCAAGCUUUUCAAUGAACAAGCAACAAGCUCAAAAAAAAAUCAUCAAGUGGCCUAA